CAACAGACAAAACUCUCAACUAACACGAUGUAAAGAGACAAAUGCGGAAGAGGAUUAGGGCCACGUGUGAAUUUUUUUUUUUAAAUUCUGAGUUUAAAGUCAGAAGUAUGGGUACCUGUAAAGGUCCCAUGUGAGAGAAUCACUUGCAUGAUGUAAAUUGGCCCGGGAACCACACACUGACCGAAGAUGUCGGAUUUAAGUGAGUUUUUGCGUGUUCGAGGGGUCCCAGAUGAAGCCAUUUCAUUACUGGAAGAACAAAAGAUUGACAGCAACGUUGUCGCGCUGAUGGAUGAUGCAGCGCUGGCAAAUUACAUCCCCUCCUAUGGAGACCGAAUUGCCCUCUAAAAAGCCCAUCUCAAAGCGAAAACAAGGACUUUUGGAAAAACUUCGUGAGAAAAUGAAAGUCAGAAAGGAAGGCACCAAGGAAAACGUAUCAGAUGCAGACACAAGAUCAACACAGACAAAGAAGCUUAAAACAACCCGAAAUGUAGAGAUAGGAUGGAUUCACAGUGAUGGUAAUGUAGCCAGACAGGUGAGGGCAAAGCAGGGAGGUGGCACCAGAAAAGUUAAAUUGGCAAUUAAUGCUGGAUUAAAAGACAUCCUUCAAGAAGGAAAGAAACUUUUCUUUCCUGAUGGAAUAUCUCCUAAAGGAUCAGAAUCAGAUUUCGAGUUUGAGGUGUGGGACUUCAAACAGAACCACCUCACUGAUGUCCAUUGGCACUAUGUAUGAGACGUCAAGGCUGACAAUGUUACGCUUUUACAUUGCAACAAAGCAAAAAGAACUUGAUGAUACCAGCGAGACAUCUGAAGUGAUUCUUGUCUCAGCACACAGUGGAAAUGAAAUCAAUACAGCAGAACUACAAGUGGAAUAUGUCAUGGGUGAUUUUGAUGGAGUCCAGCGUUCUCUAGAUAUGUCUGUUGACUCAAUUACCUUUGGUCCCCUCUACAGUGUUGAAGAAGACACAGAUGACACUUUGAUCUAUGAGGGUUUUUCUACACCCCCCAGUCCAGCUCAUCCAGAAGAAGUGAUAACAAUCACCAUACAUCAUGCUAACACUUUACAUGACAUGAUUACAGCUUUCUCUGAUGCAGAGAUUUUGAACAAAGCACUGAAUGUGAGACGCAAACUUCCAGACAACAAAGAAGAAGCAGGAAGUGGAUCUGGGGUACUGAGAGAUGUUCUCAGCUGUUUCUGGCAUGAAUUCUACGAUCGAUGCACACUUGGUACAACAGUUAAAGUGCCCUUCAUUCGCCAUGAUUUCCCUGCUGAAACAUGGAAGGCAAUUGGCAGAAUCCUUUUGAAAGGUUACCAAGAUUGUCAGUAUUUGCCAAACAAACUGGCACUCCCCUUCCUUGAACAGGUGCUUUUCAACAGUGUGUACAGUGAUCUUAAAGCACAUUUUCUGCAGUUUGUGAGCAGCCAAGAACGUGAGGUUCUGAUGGAAGCAAUGACUGAUUUCUCUGCAGUUGACUCUGAUGAUCUUGUGGAAGUUCUUGACGGCUAUGGCUGUAGAAGGAAAAUCACAGCGGAGACUCUUCCUACAAUAAUUGAUGAAAUAUCACACAAAGAACUGGUCCAAAAACCCAUGUUUGUUAUUGACUGCUGGAGGGAAAUCACCCAUCCUCAUCUCUCCCUCAGUCCAGAGGCACUGACCAAGUUGUUCUCUGACCUGCAACCAACCACAAAAAAGGUCUGCAAACUGCUGAAAUUUGACAUCAAUUUGACUCCAAAACAGAAGGAAGUCGGAAAUCAUCUGAAAAGAUUCAUCAGAGAGCUAGAUGAAGGUAAACUUCAGAAAUUUCUGCGGUUCUGCACUGGAUCUGAUCUCAUAGUUACAGACAGCAUCUAUGUGGAAUUUGAAGAAAUGACAGAGUUCACGAGAAGACCAAUUGGGCACACGUGGGAAGAUUCUGCACAUAGCUGACAGCUAUGAGAACUUCCCAGAUUUCCGUUCAGAAUUUAAUGCAGUUCUUGAAAGCAAUGUCUGGGUAAUGGACAUUGUUUAGAUUGACACAACCAUUACCACAACAAUCCACUGUUAAGAGUUUUUCACGUUUGAUGCAAUUAUGUAGAAAUGCAUGGACAAAAUUGCAAGGAAUGUUGAGCAAUAUAUAUUUAGGACCUACUAUAAGCACUUUAAGAAAGCUCAGCCUUGGUUACAAAAACUAUAGUGCUAUUAUCCCUUGUUUCAUGUGUUUUAGUGGUGCAUUCACAAACUAUAACAAACUGGUAUACUGUCUGUUACCAAUGCCAGAUCCAUCUCUGACAGAUUCAAGUUCUCAAGCUGCACAACACAUUGAGGUUGAGGGCUUACAUUCCAACAGCAGCAUGGACUAUGGCAUGCAUCAUCACUGUUGUGUGCAGUCAGCUAUAGAAUAUGAUGAAACUGUGUUUUUGCACUUUUAUUAAUUUUUAUAAGUUGCAAAAUGAUGUACCACCCAGGUAAAAGAUGUGUGACACCAAAAAUGCCAGUCUGCAGUCAUUGGUCAUGAUCUCAUGUUGGACUGGUUCUUCCUUCUGAACAGACCACAUCUUCAACAAAUUCUCUUUGAAGUUCAGACCCUUGCAAGUAUUUGUUACUAAAGAAAAAAUCUGAAGUGGGGUUAAUAAGUCAUACAAAUCCAGAAUUGCAGGUAUUGUUGUUUUCAGCAAAUCUGAUGUGUUCUCUUUCAAUUUUGGACUUUUUUUACUGAUUAUUAUUGCACAGGCACUAUACAAUGCAGUCUGAUAAUUUUGUGUUAUUAUUACCUACCUUGUGGAUCAUCAUAUUUGACACCAGCAAUGGCAAAGGGGUGGAAUUGUUCAGGAAUAAUUGUUCCUAAUUCUCAGGUUCUCAGCUGCUGUGUUAAUUCAGUACCAGAAAUUAUUUCCUUGCUACUAAAAGCAAGUCUGGCAUAUAGCUUUUUUUUAUAGCUGCGUGCAGGUCUUUCACAUCAUUCACUUGCCUUAAAUCUACACCCUGUUUAUGGAUGACUCUUGAGGGUAUUUUGUGAUACAGACCAUGGUUAAAUAGCUAAUUUUACCUGAAGUGGUCUUGAUCUUUUACAUUAGGUUACUGUUGUAGAAGAUGUUUUGUUAAAGAGGCUAUAUGAGAGUACAGGAUAUAAGGAUAAACAUUUAACUUUAUGCAUCAAAAUAAAAUGGAUCUUUAUAUACUACAUUAUGUAGAAUUGUUCAUGUAAUGACCACUUUUAGCUUAUUAGCAUCGCUUUAGUUGAAAUCUCUUAAGUAAAGCCUCUGUUUGUAGCCAUGUUAAAUGUUACUUUUAACAUUCAAAUGUUAGUUUACAGAAUUGAGCAAUUCUGGUUAUGUGCUCUUCACAGACUAGCCUAUCUGGUUAUGAGAUUUAACCAUCUUAAUUAUUUGUAUUACCAAGGAAAUGUUUUUAAUGUAAACUUUUAUUGUUAAUAAAAUGUUUCUUC